UCUCUGCUGAGAUUUCACAAGGGAAACCAUGGACGAGCAACACUUGGGGACAUGCUGUGUGCUUUUAUUGCUUCUUCGUGGUGUCUUUUCCACAUCUGAGGUGUGUUCCAAUCACUUGAUACUGCCAGGACUGAAAGGUGAUCAAGGAGAAAACGGUGAUGAAGGAGAUGCUGGUAAGCCAGGAAAGACAGGACCACCAGGCCCCAAAGGACCACCUGGAAAACCUGGCAGUGAUGGUGAUAUUGGAAUAAUGGGAAAGACCGGCCCACCUGGAGAAACAGGUGAUAAAGGUUUCAGUGGACGUCCUGGACAUGCUGGAGUAAAAGGAAAACCAGGCUCUACCUGUGACUGCGGACGAUACCGUAAAGUCGUGGGCCAACUGGUUGCUAAUGUGAGGAAACUGAAGAACUCUGUCAAGUUUGUAAAAAAUGUUAUUUCAGGGAUCAAGGAGACAGAGGACAACUAUUUUCUGAUUAUCAAAGAAGGGAAGUCUUAUUCGGAAGCUCUAACACACUGCAGAAUCCGGGGAGGAACUCUCGCCAUGCCAAAAAAUGAAGAAACAAAUGCCCUGAUUGCAGAAUACCUUACUCAGGCUGGACUCUCCCGUGCUUUCAUCGGGCUUCAUGACACGGAACACGAAGGCCAGUUUGUGUACACCGACAAAACCCCACUACAGGGCUACAGCAAAUGGAGGCCAGGAGAGCCAAACAAUGCCUUUGACAAGGAGCACUGCGUGGAGAUGGUCAACACCGGAGGCUGGAAUGAUGUGGAAUGUGAUCUUACCAUCUAUUUUGUGUGUGAGUUCCCAAAAAAGAAGAGGAGUAAUGGUAUAUUCUCAUGAUGCCAUUCCCUUCUACCCUGGGGCAGCUUGCUGACCUAGAAAGUAUUUUGUUAAUUCACCACACAUGGGCCUGAUGAGUUAACCUGCAUUUAGACAAUUCUGCAAUUCAAAGGCCAGGAAACCACAAAAAGUGACACACGAUUCUUAAGUGAAUUCUAAUUUCACCACAAAAAGGGAAAAAAUGACCAUCUGGCAAUGAAAAGCACUGUUUUUAUUUCUGUGUACCAGCAUCUGAUGUCAUGGUGCGUAUUUUAAAAUUUGAAAAAAUACUCUACACCCCCCCUCUUUUAUACUUAUACAGUAAGUUGGUAAGUAUGACAUGCAAAUUCCAUUAUAACUGUAAGAAUGAUAAAAUAUCACUUUAUAAAGAAUGUUCCAAUAAUUUAAAAAGAAAAACAUCAAAAGAAUUGCUGCAAUACCCUAAACUAGCGGUUCUUAAACUUUGUUUUUCACAUGACCCACAAUCGCCGUGGAGCAUUAUCCCGGGGAAUCCAUCCCCUUUGUAGAAUCGCCAGCAAUCAUUGUCCCAGUCCCCCCAUGAAGAAUCACCGCCAAUUGUGAUCCUGUUUCCCCUCAGAGAAUCGCCACCAAUCACUGUCCUGGUUAACCUUGGGGAAUCACCACCAACUGUCAUUCCGGUUCCCAUUUUAGGAAUCGCCAGCGAUCAUCAUAUCUCGGGGGGUGGGGUCACCUUUGGAGAAUUGCCACCAAUCGUUGUCCUGGUUCCCCCUUUGACAAACGGCAGCGAUCUUUGUAGCUUGGGGGAGGAUUCCCCCCGGGUAGAUUUGGUGCCAGUUGUCAUCCCGAGACCCCCUUUAAGAAUUGCAGCCAAUUGUUGUACCUUCUCCCAACUUCGAGAAACACCACCAGUGCUCAUCCCCUGGCAGUUUCCCUUUCCCCAUGACCACCCAUUACAAGGCAUUCCUCAAACAUUUUGUGACCCUUGUCUGUCCAGUGUUACUGUUACUCACGACACCAUGCGACCCAAGUUCGAACAUUAUGUAAAUGAAAAUAAGUCCUAAAUUAUAGUUUAAGAAACACUGCCCUAACCGAACUGUUGAGUGUUCAUUUGGAACAGUACAUGCCAUCUUGCCAUAUGUCUUUUACUGACAGGACUGAAUAUAUAUAAAAAUAAGCACACCCCAUGAGAUUAUUUUCCUUUCAUAACAAAUGCACAUAAUCUUCAUUUACACCGUAUCUAUAGAUAUCCAUCCAUCCAUUAUCCAACCCGCUAUAUUCUAACUACAGGGUAACGGGUCUGCUGGAG